UCACCGGCGCGCGCUGUUUCCGGAAGUCGCCGCCGGGGUUCCCGGAGCUGCUGCCUCCGUGGUCGCCGCGGAACUCCACGCGUAGCACGGCGGAGGCGGGCUGGCGCGGGCCCGGGGUUGCGGCCGCCCUGCAGAAUGGAGAUAAUCAGGAGCAAUUUUAAGAGUAAUCUUCAUAAAGUGUACCAGGCCAUAGAGGAGGCCGACUUCUUCGCCAUCGAUGGGGAGUUUUCAGGAAUCAGUGAUGGACCUCCAGUCACUGCAUUAACAAAUGGUUUUGACACUCCAGAAGAAAGGUAUCAGAAGCUUAAAAAACAUUCCAUGGACUUUUUGCUGUUUCAGUUUGGCCUUUGCGCUUUUAAGUAUGACUACACAGAUUCAAAGUAUAUAACAAAGUCGUUUAACUUCUAUGUUUUCCCGAAACCCUUCAGUAGAUCCUCACCAGAUGUCAAAUUUGUUUGUCAGAGCUCGAGCAUUGACUUUCUAGCAAGCCAAGGAUUUGAUUUCAAUAAAGUUUUUCGCAAUGGAAUUCCAUAUUUAAAUCAGGAAGAAGAAAGACAGUUAAGAGAGCAGUAUGAUGAAAAACGUUUACAGUCCAAUGGUGCAGGAGCUCUAUCCUAUGUGUCUCCUAACACUUCAAAGUGUCCCGUGACGAUUCCUGAGGAUCAGAAGAAGUUCAUUGACCACGUGAUAGAGAAAAUAGAAGAUUUAUUGCAGAGUGAAGAGGACAAGAACUUGGAUUUAGAGCCGUGUACUGGGUUCCAAAGAAAACUGAUUUAUCAGACUUUGAGCUGGAAGUACCCCAAAGGCAUUCAUGUUGAGACUUUAGAAACUGAAAAGAAAGAGCGAUAUAUUGUUAUUAGCAAAGUAGAUGAAGAAGAACGCAAAAGAAGAGAGCAGCAGAAACAUGCUAAAGAACAGGAAGAACUGAAUGAUGCUGUGGGAUUUUCUAGAGUCAUUCAUGCCAUUGCUAAUUCGGGAAAACUUGUUAUUGGACACAAUAUGCUCUUGGAUGUCAUGCACACAGUUCAUCAGUUCUACUGCCCUCUGCCUGCGGACUUAAAUGAGUUUAAGGAGAUGACAACGUGUGUUUUCCCCAGACUUUUGGAUACCAAAUUGAUGGCCAGCACACAACCUUUUAAGGAUAUCAUUAACAACACAUCCCUUGCGGAAUUGGAAAAGCGGUUAAAAGAGACACCUUUCAACCCUCCUAAAGUUGAAAGUGCAGAAGGUUUUCCAAGUUAUGACACAGCUUCUGAACAGCUCCACGAGGCAGGCUAUGACGCUUAUAUCACAGGACUGUGUUUCAUCUCCAUGGCAAACUACCUAGGUACUUUUCUUAGUCCUCCAAAAACUCAUGUGUCUGCCAGAUCAAAACUCGUUGAACCCUUUUUUAACAAAUGCUCCCGCGCGGACUCACCAGUUCACGUGGAGGCUUUGGAAAUAGCUCAGGUUAAAAGCCAAAGGUUAUUUCUUAUGAGAGUCAUGGAUAUCCCCUAUCUAAACUUGGAAGGACCAGACUUGCAACCUAAACGCGAUCACGUUCUCCACGUGACAUUCCCCAAAGAAUGGAAAACCAGCGACCUUUACCAGCUUUUUAGUGCCUUUGGUAACAUUCAGAUAUCCUGGAUUGAUGACACGUCAGCAUUUGUUUCCCUGAGCCAGCCUGAACAAGUACAAAUUGCUGUCAAUACCAGCAAGUAUGCAGAAAGCUAUCGCAUCCAGACCUAUGCUGAGUACGUGGGGAAAAAACACGAGAAGCAGAUCAAGAGAAAGUGGACAGAAGAUGGUUGGAAGGAGGUUGAGAGAAAGCGGUUAAAUACCCAGUGCGCAUCCUAUGCUCUGCAGAAUCACUAUCACCACGCCAACAGUCUUACAGCUACCGGCACAGUAGGAAAGAGAACCCUGAGUCCCAGUAGAGCAGAAGCUGGCUUGGAGGCCAGAGUAUCGGAGGAGCUUUCUGACGCUGAGCUUGAGCAGACAGAUUCCUGUGCAGAAUCCCUCUCAGAGGGAAGGAAAAAGGCCAAGAAAUUGAAAAGAAUGAAGAAAGACCUUUCUCCAGCAGGAAGCCUGUCGGACAGCUCUGCCAAGCUCUUUGAAGUUCCUGACACGUGGUAACCCAGACCUGAGCACAACGAAUUCCUGGUACUGUCGCCGAGGAGGAGCCAGCCGGCACAUUUGGAAGCCAUACUGUAUUUAAUUUAAUAAAUGUGGUAUGGGAGGGGUUUGAAACCAAGUAUGUCUCCUGAAAAAAGCCAGUUUUUAUUUUUGCAGCUGUGUUUCUUUUCUUCCUUUUUAAUGUAAACUGCCUGCUGACACUCAGCACAGUUGUAGGCUGUCGUGAACGUGUGCAUUAUUAACCAGCUAAUUACUUGUU